CGAAACGUACGUAGAUAGAGCUUAGAAUAUUGUAAGGGUUUUUUUCAUUGUUUCGUUUGUGGUUUCAGAGUUUGACGUAAAAUAAUCGUGAUUUAGUAAACAUGGCGGAGGAACUCAAUGUUGAUAGUCUAAUUCAUAGGCUUUUAGAAGUCAGAGGAUGCCGUCCUGGGAAAACAGUGCAGAUGUCAGAGUCAGAAGUGCGUGGACUGUGUACAAAAUCCAGAGAAAUAUUCCUGCAACAACCAAUAUUAUUGGAAUUGGAGGCGCCACUUAAAAUUUGUGGUGAUAUUCACGGUCAGUACACUGACUUGCUGCGUCUCUUCGAGUACGGCGGCUUCCCGCCAGAAGCCAAUUAUCUAUUUUUGGGCGACUACGUAGAUCGCGGCAAACAAUCUCUGGAAACCAUAUGCCUUUUGCUCGCUUAUAAAAUCAAGUAUCCCGAGAAUUUUUUUCUCCUCCGCGGGAAUCACGAGUGCGCGAGCAUUAAUCGUAUUUAUGGUUUCUAUGAUGAGUGUAAACGUCGCUAUAACAUAAAACUGUGGAAGACCUUCACAGACUGUUUCAAUUGCCUUCCUAUUGCUGCCAUUAUUGAUGAGAAGAUAUUCUGCUGCCAUGGAGGACUUUCGCCAGAUUUACAGGGCAUGGAGCAAAUUCGAAGGAUAAUGAGACCAACAGAUGUGCCGGAUACUGGUCUCCUGUGUGACCUGUUGUGGUCUGAUCCAGACAAGGACGUGCAAGGCUGGGGCGAGAACGACCGUGGAGUGUCGUUCACGUUCGGACCUGAUGUCGUUAGCAAGUUUCUGAACAGACACGACCUGGACUUGAUUUGUAGAGCCCAUCAGGUGGUUGAGGACGGCUAUGAAUUCUUCGCUAAGAGGCAGCUAGUUACAUUGUUCUCAGCUCCAAACUACUGCGGGGAGUUCGACAAUGCCGGUGGCAUGAUGUCGGUGGACGAGACACUCAUGUGCUCGUUUCAGAUACUGAAACCGUCGGAGAAGAAAGCCAAAUAUCAGUACAAUGGCCUGAACAGUGGCAGGCCGGCAACACCUCAGCGGUCACCUCCCAAGAAGAAAUAACUGAGAGUUGGGAUCCAGUGUACGGCACAGUGAGAGAGAUGCUGCAGACCGUAUGAUGUUAUCAUUCAUUGUAAACUACUAUGUUAGUGUAGUCAUUGGAAAAAGCCGAAUAAAAUGUUGCGUUAAAUAUUUUUAAUUUCUAUCUUUAUUGAGAUACAAUAUUUAAAGAUGAUUUACUAUUAUUUGUGUUAUUAACUGUUUAUUAGGACAUGCCUUAUGAUUGUGGCUUUUUUCGAUCCCACAUAUAGCCUUAAUAUUUUUGUUUUAUGUAGAGAAAAUAUUUGUAGUGAGUGCAGACAAUGGUGAUGCUGGCAUUGGCCGAGAGCAUCAUGAUCUGGUGACAUGUAUGAGUUUAGUGGAUCGAACACCAUUUUGAGUUAGUUGUUCUAUAACUAAUGUGCCUAUAAAUAUAAAUUAUAAUAGGUCUUAAGUAAAAUUGGUUGAUUGACCUCUAUUAAAAUUGUAUGUUUUGAUGACAAUGUUUUAUGAAAACUGACUCAUCUCCUAAAUUAUUAUUCUUUUGUGUUCAUUGUGAUUAACAUAUGAGUUGAAUUGUCCCGUGGAGAAGCUGGCCUAAGAGUUGAUAUUAACAUGUGCCCUGUAGUUAUUAAGUGUUUACUUUUAUUCUAGUACUUCAUUGUAACUCAUUACAGUAGGGAGUGCGAGGUUCCCAGUGAAAUUUAUGUUGACAGACAGUAUUACUCUUAUCAUAAGGUAUACAUUUUCAAAAUUAUGUGGCUUGUAGUUGUGAUUUUUCCAGAGGCUUAUGUAACCGUAGCACACCUUCUAAUAACUUAAUAUUGACUGUAGGAGCAGUGUAGUCCUCGCAACAACAGUGCAAUUAUUAUAAUAUUGUUUAAACAAUGAAAAUUUUAUGUGUUGUACAACUUUAUUUUUAUUGAUGUUUAAAUGUCAAAUACGAAUCAAUAAUAAAUAUUUCUAUUCAAAA